UCAACACUUUAAAAAUAAUGAAGACUGCCACAGUUUUUGUUUUUCUUGCCUGUCUGCUUGCAACAGAAGUACAAGGGCAGAACAAGUUUCACAAAGGCAGGUGCUUCUGUGCUGACAAAGGAGUGGAUGUGGUUUUACUGAAGAACAUUGAGAAGUUUGAAAUCAUCCCUCCAAGUCCGUCUUGUGGAAAACAGGAGAUUAUUGUCACUCUUAAAAGCGCAGAGCGGAAAUGCAUGAAUCCAGAAUCUAAAUUCACCCAGAAUUUAAUCAAGAGGGCUCUUGAAAAGAUGGCCCACCAGUAGAUGCACAGUAUGAUUCCGGAUUAGCUGCUGUGUUAUAAUGCCACUGAAGAACAUGCUGAUACCCAUAAAAUCAGACGCUAUAUGACCUCUACUGUAGUUGACAGUUUGCAUGCAUUGCAUGAGUUUGACUAGAAAGCAUAUGUAUAAACUGUUGAGUAGUGUAAAUAUUUUCUGGUUAA